CCCCUCAUAAGCUGUUUUGGACGUGCUGGGAGCGCUACUCAGGAGUCGCUUGUUGUGCCUGGCAGCGGAGAACGGAUUGUGGUGCUUUAGGCUGCUGCUGAUUGCGUCCGGAGACAUGGAUGUGACCAUGGAGACCUGGAAUGGCCUUGGUGCUCAGCUGAUGUCCUUGUGGCUGAAUAGAUUUUAUAUUUACUCCUGUGCUGCUUUUGGAUUCAGCCUUUGGCUCUGCAUCCAGUUCAUCACAAAAGCCAGAAAACAGAAUGCAAAGCACCUCCAAACGGUUUCCAAAAUCACUGAAGAUGAUCUUGCGAAAGACCAAACCAGGGACCGCCAUGUAACUGGGGUGAAAAUUUUUUAUGGCUCUCAGACUGGAACAGCAAAGCGGUUUGCAUCCAUUCUUGCUGAAGCUGUGGCCGGUCUUAAUUUGCCAGCAGAAGUCAUUGACAUGAGAGACUAUGAUCCGGAUGACUCUCUAGUGGAAGAGACAACCAGCAAGACCGUCUGUGUGUUCCUAGCGGCCACGUACACAGAUGGGAAGCCAACAGACAACGCCGCCUGGUUCUGCAAGUGGCUGGAAGAGGCGGCAAACGACUUCAGAGUCGGCAAGAAGUUUCUGAAGGGUUUGCAGUAUGCAGUCUUUGGGCUGGGCAAUUCCUUGUACGCUGACCACUACAACACUGUGGGCCGAAGCAUCGACAGGUGGCUUUGGAUGCUGGGGGCCAGCCGCAUCCUGUCCUGCACCAAGGGUGACAGCAACGUCGCCAAGAGUAAGCACGGCAGCAUCGAGGCUGACUUCGAGGCCUGGAAAGCCAAGUUCCUCGCUCGUCUCCAAGACCUUUGCAGAGGGCAGAAGAAACCCUGCAGUGGAAAAUGCAAGAAAGGCAGGUGCAGGUCCAAAAAGAAGGGGAGCCCCGAAGCAUCAGACCAGGAGCAAAGGGCCUUGAGGCAAGAGGAGAAGGAGGAGGAAGAACUGUUUGAAACCACAAGCGAGGAAGAGUCCGGCAGCGAGGACGGAGGUGUAGGCAGCCCUGUGGUCGACGUGGAGGAUCUGGGGAAAAUGGUGGGCCACAUGAAGAAAGCCCAGAGAGAGCGCGAACUUGAGGAAGAGGCUUCUCAAAGAGGCGGAUCACAGCAGGCCACUGGGGAGGAUGAGCGGAGAGAGAUGAUCACGCCGGCUCUUCGGGAGGCGCUCACGAAACAAGGUUACAGAUUGAUUGGGAGCCACUCUGGGGUGAAGCUUUGUCGGUGGACCAAGUCGAUGCUUCGAGGAAGAGGAGGCUGCUACAAGCACACCUUUUAUGGCAUUGAAAGCCACCGCUGCAUGGAGACCACGCCUAGCUUGGCUUGUGCCAAUAAAUGCGUCUUCUGCUGGAGACACCAUACCAAUCCUGUGGGCACAGAGUGGAGAUGGAAGAUGGACCAGCCUGAGAUGAUCUUGCAGGAGGCUAUUGAGAACCACCGGAACUUGAUCAAACAAUUUAAAGGUGUUCCGGGAGUGAAGGGGGACCGCCUGGAGGAAGGGAUGUUUCCCAAGCACUGUGCACUGUCUCUGGUCGGGGAGCCCAUUAUGUACCCUGAAAUUAACCGAUUCCUCCGGCUGCUACAUCAGCAUAGCAUCUCAAGUUUUCUCGUUACAAAUGCACAGUUCCCAGUGGAGAUAAGGAACCUUGAGCCUGUGACUCAGCUUUAUGUCAGCGUGGAUGCCAGCACCAAAGAGAGCCUGAAGAAGAUUGACCGGCCCCUCUUCAAAGACUUCUGGCAGAGGUUCCUGGACAGCUUAAAGGCCUUGGCUGAGAAGCGACAACGGACCGUCUAUCGGCUAACUCUCGUGAAAGCCUGGAAUGUGGAGGAACUCCAGGCCUAUUCAGAGUUGGUGUCUCUCGGCAAACCAGAUUUCAUCGAGGUGAAGGGAGUGACUUACUGCGGAGAGAGUUCGGCCAGCAGCCUCACCAUGGCCAACGUCCCCUGGCAUGAAGAGGUGGUGCGCUUUGUCCAGGAGUUGACGGCCCUUCUCCCGGACUAUGAAAUCGCCUGCGAGCACGAGCACUCCAACUGCCUCCUGAUUGCCCACAAGAAGUUCAAGAUCAAUGGAGAGUGGCACACCUGGAUUGACUACGAUCGCUUCCAAGAUCUGGUCCGUGAGUACGAACGGAGAGGGGCAGCCACGACGUUCACCUCAGCGGACUACAUGGCUCAGACUCCCCCGUGGGCAGUGUUUGGGGCCAGAGAACAAGGCUUUGACCCGCAAGACACAAGAUUUCAACGAAAAAACAAGUCGAAGGACAUCUCGGGGUGUUGACGACUUCAGAAAUUAGCCUUUUGGAACUGAUCUUGAUAGCUUCAGUGAGUGCUUCACACCAGCAUUCAGACUCUUUGUAUUGAACUCACCUGAGCCUUGCCAGCCACAGGGGAAAGGAACAUGGAUUAUUUCUCUCUCUCUCUCUUUUUUUGCAAACUCUGAAUUGUUUUUCUUUGAUAACUUAUUUUUUAAAAUGUACCCAAAUGAGACUGAGGAGUAAUGUGCUCAGAAAAAGGCCAGAUUUUGCCAUUUUUGAGGCGAGUCUGCAAAACCUUUGUGCUUUUGGUCACCUGGGCUGGGAUGACUACCGCUUCUUGUUCUGCUUGCAAUUCAAGAGGAUUUAUUGAAUGUGGAAAGAUUGUCAUCAUGUAGUCAGUCCUUGGGCGGGAGGGGCCAAUGUGUAUUGGAUUCACACCUGCCUCCCGGAGUUUGUUUUUAAAGGAGAGUUGAUACCUCUUAACUUCUUCCAGUUGCAACAUCCUAGAAUGGCUAGCCCACCACCAGAAGUUUGGUAGAAGAUGCUGUUGUAGCAGGAAAUCAGAGUAGAAAUCCCCACACCUCUUUUGGACCUGUAUGCUUGGUUCCUCUGAAUGGAGUCUGGCAUUGUUUGCACCUGGCUUUGCCAUUACACCCAAGGCAGACCUUGAGAAUUUGAGGUAGGUUUGCAUUUCUGGCACGAGGCAGUCUGAGCAACAAACUCCAGAUGACCUCUGGAGACCCCCUUCCCUUUUUUUGAAAAGCUUUAUUUUCUACCCCUGGUAGAUGGCACUUUCUCAACUUCUGAGGGCCUGUUAAACUUACACCAGUUUAACUGCCGGGGGCAUCUUUUACUCACCCUCUUUGGAAUCCUGGGAACUGUAGUUUGGUGAGGCUGUGGCUUUAUGCAAAUCCUUAACUUUUUCAUACCACUGUGGUGCAUAGGACUGCACUCAACAGGGGCUGUUCAGUUUGGGUCUGUGUUUUGGAGAAACCAAAAGCAUCAGAAUGAAGGAAGCCAAGGUCCCCUACAUGAUUUUGCUCCUCCUCCUCAGUGCUUCCAGCAUUUGACACCAUUGAUACAUUCAGAUGGAUGUUAUAUGCUCUUUGGGACUGGAGGCUGUUCUUUUUUGUCCAUACAGUUUGCACAAAGAGAUACCUGAUUUAUUUAGAGCCAUGUAUAAUUAGAAUGGAGCAGUCCCAUUUUACUAUUCUCACCUCCAUGGUGCUGUCCUGCCACAGCUGUGGGCUCAGGUAAGGUUGACGGAUGCUUGGAGCUGGAGGUGUCUUGCAGAUGUUUCCUGCAGUUGCUCGCUGAUUCCUUUCCUGGUGAUUGGCGGCUGUAAAAAUAGGACACACGGCUAGCUGGGAUUGGAGCCUGUCUUCAUCUGUAUUUUUAAAAUAAAAUUUUCUCCAGGAUCAAAGAGUGUCACAGCCAGGGCUUUUUUGGUGGAAAAAGCCUGGCAGGAACUCAUUUGCAUAUUAGGCCACACCCCCGGAUGCCAAGCCAGCUAGAACUGCAUGCCUGCUUACAAAAAACCCCCUGGUCACAUCACCAUUCCAGAUUAAACCCAGCCUGCCUUUUUUUUUUAAAUUACCUUAGUUUUUUGUUUCUAAAUUAUUGCCUUAAUAUUUCAAAAAUAGUGUUUCCACUUGAAAAUCCUUAUUAUUAGUGUCCCUGGGAUAUGUCCGUAUCUCCCUGCCCCUCCCCCACUUCAAAAAUAUUUGCUACACUGUAGGAAAAACGAAACAUGAGGGAAAUGAAUGUAAUCUGAAUUUUAAACCAGCUUUUGUGAAUGUGAAACAAAAAAUAUGAGUUUUUCUUUUAGGACUGAAAGGGCUGUGCACAAUAAUCUGGCAGUCAGCCCCACUGAACAGAACUUAGUCCUGAGCAAAUGUACAUAAGGCAGGUCUGUUUUCUCUAAUAGUGCUAUCGAAGCACAACCUAGGCGUGAUUUGACUGCAACAAGUGAACAAAUAAAGGUAUUGUAUAUUUUGACA